UGGUGAGAAUGUGAGAUCAGUCGGAAACCAGCUGCCGAGUACAGAGCAGUGAGGGAAGGUGAACGUGAAGAUUAGGCCAGAUGUGUUAACCGGAGAAUUUUUGAGCGCUUCCGAGCCCAUUAAACGCUUUGUGCGAGAGGCUGUGUGAUAGCGAAGUUUAAUCAACAUCUCAGGGUAAUUGAACAACAUCAGUUCAACAUCAACGGACCCCUAAGCUCCGGUUAGAGGAGUCCUUCGAUUGAUAUCGGAGGAUUGGAGAAAUUGAAUAAUUUUUCGGGGGAUAACAUCGCACUCGGAGUGCGUUGGCUGUUUGUUGAGGGGAUUGAGGAGAAUUUGAGGGGUAAUAGAGGGGAUUCGGUGUGAGAGUCAAUAGGCGAAUGAUACGCAGCGAAUAUCUAUUUUUUUUUUGAACGUCGAGACGGCCAAAAUCACAUUAAUUUCGCCAAGGAGAAAGUGUAGUGUGUCAAAGUCUGUGAUAGUAUUUAUUGAAGAGAAUUUUAUGGAGAAAUUUGAGAUAAUCCGUGCUCCAUGUUGAAUCCGUUUUGGAAUAAAACCAGUCAUCAAGUCACCAGGCGGACAAAGUAAAUUCUAGAUAGGCUUUAUAUAUUUAUUUAUAUCUGUGAUACACUGAUAUACAACGGUACAGCCGUUCCUGGUCAUUGUCUUUGACGUGGGGGAACGCAGUGGGAUUUUAAGGACGAGGGGGAAAAUUGAUUUUUCUUCCCACCUUUUUUGAGAGGGCUGUCUUUUGGUGAAUCGUCGUUAAAUAUUCGGGGACGCUGAUUGUUGUAUCAGUAAAUGAAAAACAACCUAGUGGAUAGGCGUUUUUUUGUAUAUACGACUGACUUUUUUACGAUUAUUAAACGAACCGGUGCGAGAGGCUUAGAGUUUAAAGGAGUAGGAUAUUGUUGUUGGGAGAUAUUGUAACUGACGAGUUACUUCUCACAUUGAUUAUUCUAUCGACGUCGGUUCCACGGCUAAUAUGGUUGAGAAAAUACUGGAAGAGCGAGAGGAUGGGCGUCAGGACGCUCUCAGAGUGGAAGGAAAUGGUCGAGAGGUAGCUUCAACUGGAGAACCAUUGAGUUCAGUUCAAGCUAGACAGGAGGAGGCCCGACGUAGACGACGCAGGAAGCAACGUUCAGGCUCAUCACUUGUCUCGUCAUGCUUCCAAGAUUUGUACAAGUUGACUGGAGAGGUACUUGGGGAGGGAGCUUAUGCCUCUGUACAAACAUGCACCUCUUUGUACACCGAGUUGGAAUAUGCUGUGAAGAUUAUCGACAAGAUACCUGGCCAUGCUCGUACUCGGGUUUUUAAAGAGGUUGAGACAUUUCAUCAUUGUCAGGGGCAUCCCAACAUCAUUCAACUUAUUGAAUUUUUCGAGGACGAUGAGAGAUUCUAUCUGGUUUUUGAGAAAAUAAAUGGUGGACAGCUGUUGAGGAGGAUUCAGGAGCGGGUUCACUUCAGUGAGAGGGAAGCCAGUCAGAUUGUUAAGGAGAUUGCUGGGGCGCUGAAUUUCCUUCAUAAGAAAGGGAUUGCACACAGGGAUCUGAAGCCUGAAAAUAUUCUCUGCGUUUAUCCAGACAAACUGACGCCAAUCAAAGUCUGUGAUUUUGAUCUUGGCUCGGGAAUAAAAUUCAACAAUUCGUUGUCAAGCCCUGUGGCAACACCACAGCUAUUAACACCAGUUGGUAGCGCUGAAUUCAUGGCUCCAGAAGUCGUUGAAGCAUUCAUUGGUGAAACAAGUUAUUACGAUAAACGAUGCGAUUUGUGGAGUCUUGGUGUUAUCAUGUACAUUCUGCUGUGUGGAUAUCCACCGUUCUAUGGUAAUUGCGGCACUGAGUGCGGCUGGGAAAAGGGUGAGAACUGUCAGGCUUGUCAGGAAUCACUGUUCACCAGCAUUCAGCAGGGAAGGUAUGACUUUCCUGAGCGCGAAUGGAGAGCAAUCUCUGAGGAUGCCAAGGAUCUAAUUCGCGGAUUGCUGGUUAAAGAUGCACACCAACGACUCAGCGCUGAAUGCGUACUCAAUCAUUCGUGGGUUAAUCCAGGACCUACACCAACAUCAGCUGGUGACAGGCCGCUAAUAACGCCGGAAAUUAUCAGGAGAAAUAAUUCUGCACGCGAGCUGUCUGUAUUUGCUGAGUCAGCAAUGGCUGUUAAUCGUGUGGUUCAUCAACAUUUCUCAAUGAAUCUCAAUGAUCUCGCUGAAAGUCGUGAACCGAGACUCUCAACAUCAUCCACUGACGAGGACAAUCAUCCCUACGGUCAUCUGUCAGACUCGAGCAGUGAAUUGUCAGAGCCAAGCAAAAACUGUGCGACACACUCAUCUGAGGAAUUUGAGAUUGGUCCAAGGCGCAAGUCAUUCUCCAUGAAUUCAGCUGUUGAUUCGUCUGAUCCAAAAAUCAUCGGUAAGAAUCGUCUUCUUGGUAAAGAAUCAUUGAAUCAGCUCUUUGGCUUGUCCCCACCGAGUGAGAGUAGACUUAUGCAACGUCGCAUCAAGGCACGUUCCAGUCUUCUUGGCAGUCAGAAUCCAGCAAUUGUUGCUUCUCCAAGUGGCUGAAAUUCUCUCUCCAUCAUCUUUUUUCUUCAGUUUUUUCGUAUUUUUUUUUCCGCAAUUUUUUUUAGUCUUUCGAGAGGAAAUUGUAUUCCCAUUUCUACACAUUUGCCAUAAUUUUGUUGGAGAUUUCAAUGAUGCAGAGUCACGGGAAAUAGCUCAAAUUCAGAUUUGAAGGUUUUUUUACUUGAGGAAAAUUCAGUGAGAUCCAUAUUCUUCUGGGUUCAAUAGUUUUUUUGGUGUAUCGUUGAAGGUAAAUAUGUCGACAGCUUCGUAACAGAUCAAUUCAUGUGCAGAAACUAUUUAAUUUUGCGAAAAUUGCGGAAUAACCAGAAAAUAUGGCGCAAAACAUGAAAACUGGAUUUUCAAUUUAAUUACAUUUUUAUCACUUAUGUCUGCCCUUUAAUCUGCCCACCUAAACUCUUCAAGGGUACGACACAAAAAACUGGAACAAUAAUUGGCACUUAUCAUCGUUCUUGAAUUAUCAAUUCGAAAAAUAAUUCAGACAAUUGUGACAUAAGCUCCAAAUGCUGGAAGAGAUGGAAAACACCCCAGAAAAUUAUGAACCCAAAGCCAUAUUUCUUUUCUCCAUCGUUAUAUCUUGUAGGACGUAGUCUAGACAUUCACUCAAAGUGAACCCAAAAAACUAAAAAAAAAAACAAAAAAUAAUAAAAGAAACAAAAAAAAAUUAAAAAUUAGUACCUGUAAUAAGUAUAGGAUGGAUGAAGUACAAGACAUGUGGAUAUGAGCGAUAUCAGAGAUAUCAGAGAUAUCAGAGGAAUGAUUGAUGGAGUAAUUGAGGCAGGAUUAUUUGAGUGAGACUCUGUCGAAUUGAAUCAGAGAAUUAGACAGAUUGGCUAGUUUGAUCAUAUCGAAAUUGAGCGACGAAAAAUGGAGAAAUGUUUGCCGACUACGUUCCGCGAGUUAUGUUUAUAGAUACAAACCAGUAUUUUCUUUUGCACUUCAUGAAUUAUUUUCUGCUCCCCCCCCUUUCCCCCGCGCUGUUCAUUUUAUCAUGUAUCAUUUUGUUUAUUUUCGUUCGACGCCUCGUGUUGACAUUCAGAGGAGAAAAUUACAUUUGUGGAUUUGGAGUUUUUUUUUUGUCCGAAAAAUUAACUUCUCGAUUGAACUACAUAUAUUCCUUUAUCCCUCGUUAGUCGUCGAUUUUUAUUUAUUAUUUUAAUCGAUAUCUCAUUCUCAAUGGAUGUUACGCUUUUAUUUUCAUUUGCUAUGUAGUAAUGUCAUCGAGAUGAGAAAUUUUUGGAGGCUUUCUUUUUUAUCAGGAACGUCCUGACGAAACUUAUAUGUAAAAAUGAAUGAGUUUUGCUAUGAGAACAUUCGGUGGGAGAAUACGAAACACGAUAAAUGGAACAUUGAAAUUACCUCUGGAUUAGGACUGGUUUAAAAAUUGCAUUUUCCGUAAGACAAGAGAAUAAUCAACGCCUUCAUCAGUGAAAGUCCACUUGUGCGAAUUUUUUUCGGGAGUGUUUCAAUGUUUCGGGAGUAUAGUGCAUUCCAAGCUUUCUUAACUCAAGCAGAUCUGCAAUUUUUCUUCUAUUUCUUUCUUAGAAGUUCUGCAAAAAUGGUGGACAUGUAAAAGUACACAGUUGUAAUGGAGUCGAAAAUAAUUCUUUAUUUUUUUUUUGCCGGUUUGUUUCUUCGUUUAUCUUAUUUCGCCACAAAAUUGUGCAAGAAUAUGAGGAUAAGGUAAAAGAAAAAGAAAAAUUUGGAAUUUGCUCAUCUCCCCUCAAUGUAAUCAUUCAAUUUCUUCCUUUCAUGCAUUCGAGAUAAUUCGCACGAGAGGACUGGUUCAUGUAAUUUGUAGAAUGCAUAGUUUUUUUUUUUAUUUCGAACAGCUCUUGGUGACCACCGACAAGUGCAGAAUUAUCCCUUGAAUUAUCCCUCCAGAGGAAGAGGAGAAGUUAAAAGAAUCGAAACAUGCGCAUAAUUCUACGCACUGUCGGCGUAGCACCAAUUGCUCCUUACAAUGUGUAAAUAAAAAAAAAAUCAUUAAUGUAUAGAAAGAUGAUAUAUAAAAUGAGAUUCGGAUCGAAUCGCAUUAUUUACUCGGGAUUUCACAUUUAUCGGUCCAUCUCCAGAAAUAAUUGAACACCAUUAAUGGAGGACAGUGGGAGAAAUUUUAUUGGAUGAUCAAGUUCUCGCAAAAUAAUACGUCCUUGAAUCAUUAUCAGAACUCGAAUGCUUCUGUGUAAUCGUGGAUGAAAUUUUCAAGUCUCAAUUGUACAAAUAAAUAAAGUUUAUACGAUAAUUUUCAGAAAAGAUGGAAAACAAUAAAAAAAAUGAUGAGGAAGUGGUUUGGAGAGAAUAUUUGUAUCAGAUUAUCAUUAGCUCAUUCUCGUAUUUCGUCUUCAUUGAGAUCGAUUGUAUCAAUUCACCAGAUUAGGGACUUCCAAAGAUAAACGCUGAUUCCACAUAGAAAAGGAGAAACCAAAUUUUUAGUCGGAAGGAUAAUUGUGAAUUAGUGAGCUGCAUGCAAUUUUUUCCGGAGAGAAAUGAUUGAAUGAGUGGAGAAUAUUAAUUCACGUAUUAUUUUUUCCAUUCAAUUUUCAUUUUCGAUGAUUGAAAAAUUGAUGCUGAGUCUCGAUUAAAGCUUCCUCUUAAUGAAAUAAAUAAAUAAAUGAAUGAAUAAAAACAGUCGAGUAAAAAAUAUCGGUUUCUAUCGAGUUGAUGUACGAGUGAUCGGAUGAAUGAGAAUGCGUGAUAUGAAGAGUGAAAAAUGAUUCAUGGAAAACAAAGGGAUGGCCAUAAUUAUCAGUCUGAAGUAAUACAUCAUUGCACCUAUAAGUGUAAUAAAAUGAGUGCGUGUGGCGACCGGAAGUAGAUAAAAGUUUUAUCAUAAAACCAUGAAUUGCAAAUUUUUAUGAUUCUGUAGUCACACUAACAAGAAUCUCAGAGAGGUACCACUGUAACAUCGAUCCAUUCUACAUUUUUUUUUUAUAAAAAAAUGUGAAAAUAGGGGGAAUGGUAAUGAAAUUUCUCUUUGCAAUUGCAUCAUCUUGAAUUCAGUUAUGAUUCACGAGUUUGGUCGCCACUGCUGUAAAAAAAAACUUUGAGGAAGAUAACAGACAUUCGUAGAGAGAAACUGAUGAAAAAAAUUUACGUUCUUUAUUGCCUUUUUUUUACGCCUACGUGGAGAUACAAGAAAUAGUGAGAAAUCAUUUUUUCAGAACGAUGAAAAAAGAUAAUAAAAAGGACCAUAUUUUAAUUGGUUGAAUUUCUCUUUCUUUUGGUUUGAUUCUUACGUUUCUUUACUUAUUAUUUUCUUAUUAACCUCCCAACUCCUAUACAAGUCUCAUUCAUCACUAAUAAAAAAACAAUCAUGAAUCCAAUUUUGUGAAAUCAAACAAUUUCACUUUUUCAUCAUUCAUUUUUUUUUUCUUCUACUUGGAAAACGCGCGCCUAGCAGAUCAAAGGCUUCACGUCAGAUUUCAUACUUUAAUCUGGCCUUCAUUUUUAUUCCUCAUCACUGCAAUGAGUAAUCAAUUUUUCCGAACGAUAUAACGAGAUAAAUCCCAAAGAAGACUAUCUGAACUGCUUGAAUCGAUUUAAAAAAUUUAAUUUUGAUUUUCCUUCGUGCAUUAUUGAUUAUUCACCACGCAAUAAACAAAAUGCUAUCAACUUCUCACUUACCACUGAUAGAAAAAAAAUUCUUGCAUUAUAUGAAUAUAAUUUUGUAACUGACAAGUCGUUUCACCUAUUUACCACUGAUCUCUUUCUUUCUUCUCUUUGAACGACGCACGUCCAUGUGAAGAUGAGUUGAAUAUGUCCACUAAUCGAUUAAUUUACGGAUGAGAAUCGUUAAUUAGUGCCUACCUGGCAGAUGAAAGGUAUUAUCACAUCACACUUCAUCCGCCAAUCUGGCCCUCGUCCUUAUUCCUCGAGACUACAAACUAGAGAAUGAAAAAAUGGGAAAACCAAAAAAAAAAAACUAAA